GGCGCGCAUGGCUCAUGCUUAAGUACGUAGGUCCCUCUUGAAACCAUGGCCGGGAUGCUCAAAAGAAAGCUUAGCGGCAAUGGCGACUCUCUCCCUCUCCCUGGCACACCCGCAGGUGCUCCCCCUCUGGCAACAAGGGCUGCGGCAGCGACGGCUGCAUGGCUCGUCCAGACACGCACACGCCGCCGGGAGGGUGCAGGCCAGCUACAGGGGUCUUGAGCCGCUGUACGAUGAUGGGUACGGGACGGUCAAGGACCUGGGCCACUACUACCGGGCGAUCGGGGAGCUGGUGGAGCACGACGGCGGGCCGCCCCGCUGGCUUUGCCCCGUCGACGCCGGCGAACCGGCGGUCGAGGAUGCCCCGGUCAUGCUGUAUUUGCCAGGGAUAGAUGGAAUGGGGAUGGGGCUCUGCAUGCACCACAAGGCUCUUGGAACGAUAUUUGAACUUAGAUGCAUGCAUAUUCCUCGUCGCGACCGCACGCCGUUCGAAGAACUUGUCACAAUGGUAGAGGAUGUUGUGAGAGCAGAGCAUUCUGCUUCUCCUACUAAGCCCAUCUACAUAUUGGGGAAUUCAUUUGGAGGAUGCAUAGCCCUUGCAGUCGCCGCUCGCAAUCCUGGCACUGAUUUGGUACUGGUACUAGUUAAUCCAGCUACAUCAUUUGAGAGAUCACGCAUAAAAACACUUCUGUCGGUUUUCAGCCCGUUGUCGGACCGUGCCUGUAUUGCAGCUGCAGCUCUACUGAAUUACAACAUCCACAAUGAGGUGAACAUGGCACUGAGUAUAAUGAAAAGUGGGAGGCAUCCUUUAGAAGCACUCAGCAGAUUGACAAGUAACAUGUCAUCUUCCCUGAAGCAUUCGAAAAUGCUGGACAAACUACCAAAAGACACACUAAAAUGGAAGAUUAAACUGAUCAAACAGGCUGCAUCAUACGCUAAUAGCCAUAUACAAUCAGUUACAGCCGAGGUGCUACUGCUAGCCAGCUGCGCCGACAGGUUACUUCCGAGCAAAUCUGAAGCUAACAAGCUACAGAAGAAGUUACCCAAAUGCAGAGUCUUCUUCUUUGAGAAGCAUGGCCACAGCUUGCUGCUGGAGCAUGGUGUCCAUGUCUCAUCCAUCAUCAAGUGCUCUUCCCUCUACCGCCACUCGAGGCGCUACCACCGGGUUCGCGACUACAUACCGCCGUCGGCAACCGACAUGAAGGAGGCCGACAAGAUCAGCAGGGGCACGAUGCUCAAGACGUGCCCGGCGAUGUACUCGACGAUGGAGGACGGCGCGGUGGUCCGGGGCCUGGCGGGGCUGCCGGAGGAGGGGCCGGUGCUGCUGGUGGGCAACCACAUGCUGAUGGGCACGGAGAUCAUCCCGCUCGGCGCGGAGCUGAUGCGGCGGAGGAAGGUGGUCGUCCGCGGCGUCGCCCACCCGCUGCUGUUCCCGAGGAAGGCGAGGACGCGGUCGCAGGGGCACGACCUCUUCGACCUCCUCAAUCUGUGGGGCGGCGUGCCCAUGACCUACCGGUGCAUGUACGAGCUGCUGGCCGCCGGCGAGUUCGUGCUGCUCUACCCCGGUGGCUAUAGGGAGGCGCUCCACUGCAAGGGAGAAGAGCACAGGCUUUUCUGGCCGGACCAGGCUGAGUUCGUCAGGAUGGCGGCGCAGUUCGAUGCCACCAUCGUGCCGUUUGGAGUCGUCGGAGAGGAUGACCUUGUGAACCUGCUCUGGACAUUCAAUGAUAUUAAGAGCGUGCCCUUCGGCAGGAAGCUGCUGCGGGGCUACAGCAACCAUCUGAAGCUAAGGGACACUCACGAGGUGAUCUUCCCCGGCGCAGUGCCGAAGAUUCCCGGCCGGUUCUACUACCGGUUCGGGAAGCCGAUCCCGACGAGGGGGCGGCAGGACGUGCUCACCGACCGGCGGGCCGCGACCGAGCUCUACUUCGAUGUUAAAUCGGAGGUGGAGGAAAUCAUCGCCUACCUGCUGGAGAAGAGGGAGGAGGACAGGUACAGGAGCAUCCUGCCCAGGCUCCUCUACAGAGCUGUGAGGGGGCCCAAAACUGAAGUCCCAGCCUUCAACCCUUAACAUAUACAGUACUACUAGUAAUGUUGCACGUAGCACUAAAUAUGGAUGUAUAUAUAUUCUCAAAAACUCAUGACCCAUACCAUAAUACUAAUACUCUACAUGAUUAUACUGCACAAAAGUGUGGGCGUGCUCA